GAUCUAACCGUGAAAUUCAGUUUGUUUCAGUUUCGCUAGUGGAGGAAAAUGGCUGCAGCAGAAAACUCCCCUUACCCCAAACCUUUUUCAAAUAAAAUCCAGUACGAGAGGAAAAAUGUUCUCGGUGAAGGAAAUUCAAUCGUUUAUCGCGGUACUUACGAAGACAACGCAGUUGCCGUCAAGAGAAUCAUGAUACGACCGUCACUGAAUGAAGACCGCGAGUUCAAUGCCCAGUUGAAGCUCACUCACCAAAAUAUUCUCAAAAUUCUGACAGUUGAACAGGAUGCAGAUUUCAGGUACAUCGUACUUGAACUAUGCGCAGGGACACUAAGGGAGGUUUGCAAUCAAAAUUAUAAAGGACCCGAUUUACCCCCGGAUCAAACAGUUCUGUACGAAAUUGCCGAUGGACUCAAUUAUAUCCAUUCGAAGAAAUUGGUACACCGAGACAUUAAACCUGAAAACAUUCUCAUUUCUGGGAAAGCUCAAAUCAAGCUGUCCGAUUUCGGCUUGAGCAAGGAAACCAGUACAAACCACACGUUUGUAGUCAGCGGACCAUUCAAAGGAACUAGGCAAUGGAUGGCGCAAGAAUUUCUGAAUUUUUCUGUCAACCAAAACCAACCAAAUGAAACUCCAAUGAAAGGUUCAAUUGAAAGCGACAUUUUCUCAGCAGGAUGCGUGUUUUUUUACUACGUUACUCGAGGAUUGCACCCUUUCGGGGAAGACAAUUUCAUCAUCGCCAACAUUAUCAAGGACGACCAAGUUCACAUCGAUAAAUUAGAAUUGGAUCACUUUGCGUCAGACGUCAUUCGUGCAAUGAUUCAAUUUGAACCAAAGAAAAGAAUGGCUCUCAAACAAGUUCUGAAUUUGUUUUAUGACACAUCCAUAACGGCAUCUCCAGGGAUUUUCAAAGACACCGGACAUCCAUUUCAAAAAAAGUUAAGAGGGCUACAUGAUGUGAGAAGUGCAAGUUUCCAUCCAAUCGAUCCUGUUCUGGCAUGCGGCUUAUUUAAAGAAGGAUUGUUUUUCCUUCGCGGUUCUAGUCACACCACAUCAUUGGAUAAUUGGGAAAUUGAACGUAAACAUAUUUUACGUAAUGGGACAGUUUUAUCCAUACAAUGGAACGCCGAUGGAACUAAAUUGGCUACUGGCUCCGAUGAUGGGACUGUCAUCGUUUGGUCUUAUCCAGGGAACGGAAAACAAGAAUUUCGAAGAAAUGGACGAUCCAAUUUUCCGUUAAUUGUUUGGAAUCCAUUUAACCGGGACAUGUUGGCUAGUUAUAACAAGGCAGUAGACACUACAGAGCUGCUUAUUGUCGAUUCGGAAAAUGAAAAACCCCUCAGCUAUACCAUGAAAUCAAACUUGAAUUGUUAUGCAGUGGCAUGGAUCUCGCAAAAUCAACUCGCCUGUGGUUAUGACGAUGGAAAGAUGGAAAUUCAUGAAAUAGAAUCACGUAACAGGCAACUGAACAGCCGAAUGGUUCAGAAAAUCAUACAUGUCCAGCGUGAAAAUGGCAAAUAUGGUUUUAGCAUGCAUUUUUCCGACUUUCCAACGAUGCAGGCCAUUAGCAAAGAAACGUCUUAUUAUGUAAUGAGUAUAAUCUGGAACGAAGAAUUGAAUCUUUUAGCUUCAGGCGGAACAGACCAACGGGUCAAGAUUUGGACAUUGGGCAGCAACGAUCCCAUUCACGUGUUAGAGGUCGAUUCUCCGUGUGAAUGUUUGGUUUGGGGAUUUGACACAAAGGACGAAGCGAAAAGAAAAACUUUAAUUGCAUGUGGAUCACUUAAGGGAAGCCUUGUGAUUUGGCAUCCGUUUAAACGUGAAAAUCAGACACGAAAUCUUUCAGGACAUGAAGCUCAGAUUCACCAAUUAUUGUUCUCUCCUGACGGACGCUUUCUAGCUUCGACUGACAAUUUAAAGAAAUUGAUUAUCUGGUCAACCAAGAGUUGGGAGAGUAUAUACAUCUUAGCCCCAUCCGAAUUCAUGUAUCCAUACAUGAUGACAUGGGACGCGGUCAGUUGCAAGUUAGCCAUUUCAGAGAGAACAGGCCAGAAGCAGUUCAAAGGAAUUGAAUAUGUCGUUGAUGAAAAAUGCUGUGCCGGUUGCAAGAAAACUUCUCAAUAUCUGAAGCAUUGCGCCCGCUGCCGUUCAAUCUUCUAUUGCGGCAGGGAAUGUCAGCGUUCACACUGGCCCCAACACAAACUUGUUUGCAAUAAAAGUGAAUAAGUUUAGCCGAAUUUCACAAG